AUGGCAUCGAGGAGAAUUAUUCAGAAAGCAAAGUCAUUGCUAUCCAAACCUCGGCCGGGAAAUUCAUCAUUCGCCAUCUGUCCUAGAAGCUCGCAAAGAUAUGUACACCAAAGUGCAAGAUUACCAGCUAUGACAGCUUCGAGUUCAAGGACGAGACCGACUUUGCAACCACUCCAUCAACCAUCUACUAUGUUAAAGCCUGCAGCAAUUGGUGGCAGUCGCAGUAUCUUCAUCCAAACAGAGGACACCCCAAAUCCGGAUGCACUAAAAUUCCUCCCCAAUCAUCCAAUUCUACCACCCUACCUCACUGCGCCUUUCAUCGAAUACCUUAAUCCUAGAUCCACACUUGCGCCACCACAUCCGUCGCCUCUUGCCGCAUCGUUGAUGAAUAUUGAUGGGGUCAAAUCUGUUUUCUAUGGCAAGAAUUUCAUUACAGUCACAAAGGCAGACGAUGCAAAUUGGGCGCAUAUUAAACCAGAGGUCUUCAGUCUCAUAACGGAGGCAGUAAGUUCCGGUGCACAUAUUGUGCAUCUCACGCGGGCGAGUGGCGAAGCACCGGAAGAGGAGGAUAGCUUAGCGUACAAUGAGGAUGACCCUGAGGUUGUGGGGAUGAUCAAGGAAUUACUUGAAACCCGCAUCCGACCUUCAAUUCAGGAAGAUGGUGGAGACAUUGAUUAUCGCGGGUUCGAGGACGGCAUGGUCAAGUUGAAGCUCCGAGGGGCAUGUCGAACUUGCGAUUCAAGUACGGUCACGUUGAAGAGUGGUAUUGAGGGAAUGCUUAUGCACUAUAUUGAAGAAGUGAAAGGUGUUGUACAAGUCAUGGACGAGGAAGAAGAGAUCGCGAUCCAAGAGUUUGCAAAGUUUGAGGAGAAGUUGAAGCAACAAAAAGGUAUUUGA